AUGCCUGACUUGCGGAACUUAGAUGGUGCCGUUAUUGAUGAUAGCGUGAUCCCGUUUACCGGUGCGCAUACCAACUACGUGGAAGCACCUCUUAAUGUGGAUAACGCAAUAACUGGGACACAGUCUUCAAUACAAAGUAGUAUGUCAAAUAUAAAUACGACACAAAUUAAUUUUUCACCAAUUUUUUCCACAAAUGUUGCUGCGACUACAACGAUCACAUCUGCUCAAUAUUCAUCGCAUGGUUUAUAUCGAAUUUCGUCACAUUCUUUGCUGCCUUUUGGGUUCGGAGGCGUGGACAUGGCUAUGAAUCAACCAACAGCAUAUGCGGGCUUGCCUAAGGAACAUAACCACGUGGGGCUCUAUAACAAACUGCCUCCAGUUGUAGGUGGACCCCAAAUGAACUCUACAUUUGCUCAUUCAUCCGCUUGCGUGUUUGGUCAGAGCCAGCACGUACCAAUGAGUUCAGUUUAUACGUCCACUUAUGGAGGAAGCGUCUUUCAGAACGCGCAACUACCUUGCGUCACAUCUUUGGGUAAUGGAGAUGGGUGCAGUGCUGCCGCCCAAUAUAACCCCUUCUCUCCUGCACGCAACUAUUUCGGGCAACCACAGGGAGGUUUUGCGCCCGUCAACGAUAGUACAUGGAGGCAGGUUCAGAAUAGUUCAGACGUGAGUUUAAACCCAUCACAUAUAGCGUCUAGACAGGCGAUAAGCAAAGAUUUGCCACCUUUCUCCGGGAGGCCAGAAGAAUGGCCAUUGUUUAUAACAAACUAUGAACAAUCAACAGUACGCUGCGGGUUUUCUGAACAAGAAAACUUAAUACGAUUACAAAAAUCACUGCGCGGUGCCGCUCUUGAAGCUGUUCGAGGAAAAUUGAUGAUGCCAUCUACAGUUCAUCUAGCCAUCGAAACUCUUCGUAUGCUUUUCGGGAGGCCAGACGUUAUACAUAACACCCUACAACGGAAAUUGAGACAGAUACCAGCAGUGAGGACCGAUCGACUGAAUACCCUUAUCGAUCUCGCGUUGGGUGUACAAAAUUAUAGAGCAACCAUGCAAGCAUUAGGUCUGAACGACUAUCUCAACGACCCUAUGCUAAUCAAUGAGUUGCUGAGUAAACUUCCUGGAGAUAUGAAAUUAGACUGGGGUCGUCGUCGAAUGACCAUCUCAAGGGUAGAUGUCGUGGCCUUUGAUGAAUGGUUAUUUGCGCUGGCUUCAUGUGCAAGCCAGGUAACGCCACUUAACGAAACCAACGGUAACGCUGCGGAAGAAAAGGUGUUAGGAAAGAGCAAUAGGCAAAGAGUUUUCGUGCACGACGAAAUCCCAAAGGAGCUUAGCCCCACCAAAACGCGUAAUGAGGAAACUAAACAUUCCAUAGCUUGUUCUCUGUGCGGCAAAGAGCACAAUCUUGCCGAUUGUCCAAACUUCCUAGCAAAGAGCCGAAAUGAACGUUGGCAGUUAAUCAAGGACAAAAGGCUAUGCAUUCGAUGCUUUAAGUCCCACAUGGUUAGACGCUGCACCUCUAAGCAAGUUUGCGGGGUAGAUGGAUGUAGAAUGGUGCACAACCCACUACUACAUAGCCAAAAUGCUGCAGCUAAGACUAGUCGGGUAAAUACAAUCCUAGUUCAUCAACGUAAGUUUAGGAGAGCCAUUUUUCGCUACAUUCCGGUGAUAUUGUAUGGUCCUAAAGCCACGGUGGAGAUAUUUGCGUUAAUUGAUGAGGGAGCAUCUUGCACGUUGAUGGACAGUAAAUUGGCUGAGCAGCUAGGUCUCGACGGCCCUGGUGAAGACUUGUGCUUGAGAUGGACGGGCGACAUAACACAGCAGGAGGUAAACUCAAAGGUUUUAAACUGUGAAAUAUCUGCAAGAGAGAAAAAUUCUAGGCGAUAUCGUAUGCACAAUAUUCGAACAAUCACUGACCUUGAGUUACCGCAACAAACUCUCAACGCAGACACUUUAAAUGAGCACAAACACCUGAAGUCAUUGCCUAUUCUACCAUACACCGACUGCAAAGCGCGAUUAUUAAUAGGAUUGGACAACACGGCUAAACUUUGCGUACCUGUGGAGGUGAGUCAAGCUGAAGGUGAUGAUCUAAUAGCUGCGCGUUGUAAAAUAGGUUGGUCAGUAUAUGGUCAGGAUAAGUCGGCAUAUCAGCCAGACGAAAAUCUGCUCCACGUUUGCACCUGUACUAAAUAUGAUCAGCUUGAUAACUUAAUGAAAGCCUAUUUCUCUAUCGAUUCGGUGGGUAUCAAUCCUGUUCUCAAACCCCUUAGAUCAAGGGCAGACGAGCGUGCUUACCACAUAAUGGAGAAAACAGUUUUGUAUGAUGCCAGUGUUAAGAAAUGGGAAACGGGCCUCUUGUGGAAAUAUGACCACAUUGACUUGCCCGACUCCUAUCGAAUGGCAUAUAAUCGUCUCCAAUGUCUGGAAAAGAAGAUGGAAAAGAGCCCCGAUCUGAAGCAAUAUCUUGUUGGGAAGUUAAAUGACUAUCUCGAAAAGGGUUACAUAAGAAAACUAAAAGUCGAGGAAAUAUCGAAAGGAGGCAAAUCUUGGUUUAUUCCAAUAUUCACAAUUGAGAACGUUAUCAAAAAUAAAUUGAGAAUCGUGUGGGAUGCAGCAGCUAAGGUGAGUGGCACCAGUCUGAACGACGUAUUAUUGAAAGGACCCGAUCUUCUAAGAUCGUUGGUAGGUGUCCUAUUGAGAUUUCGUGAACGACCAGUGGCCAUCUGUGGAGAUAUUCGUGAAAUGUUUCACCAAAUUAGGGUGAGAGCGGAAGAUCAGGUAGCACAGCAGUUCCUGUGGCGAAACGGCGAUAGUAGCAGACAUCCCGAUGUAUUCGCUAUGACCGUUAUGACGUUUGGGGCAUCGUGUUCCCCAUCUUUGGCAAACUACAUAAAAGAUAAGAACGCUCUACGUUUCCAGAAGACACUACCAAAUGCUGUGGCAACAAUUGUCGAAAAUACGUUUGUGGACGAUUGGUUGCAUAGUAUGGAUGAUGAGGAAGAAAUGAUUCGACUAGCUACUGACGUCCGCUUCAUCCAUUGUGAAGGUGGGUUCGAGAUGCGAAACUGGUUGUCGAAUUCUAAACGAGUUCUGCAAGCGCUCUCAAGUAAGCAUGAACCCGCGAAUAAAUGCUUCAUAGAGCCAGGAUCAGAACUUCAAAAGGUUCUUGGUAUGUGGUGGUUACCAACCAGUGACGAACUAACCUUUGUUCACAGGUUCAAACCGGAUAUCUUCAAUGAAUCCACUUUUCCAACGAAACGACAAAUGCUUCGAGUAAUGAUGACUAUAUUCGACCCUUUGGGUCUUUUGGGGUUUAUUGUAAUUAAAGCAAAGAUGAUAUUACAAGAUGUGUGGCGAUCGGGCGUAACUUGGGAUGAGCCUGUACAUGAUAAAGAACGUUCCGCUUGGUGGCAGUGGCUGCGAAAGCUACGCUGUAUUGAUAAAAUCCGUAUUCCAAGGUGCUACACUUUCGCAAAUCGCAGCAGCGAUAACCAACUUCAUAUCUUCGUUGAUGCUAGCAUAUCAGCAUAUGCUGCUGUGGCCUUUCUUCGUUCAAGUAUGGGCGACAAAGUUCAUUGCUGUCUCGUUGCCUCCAAGACACGAGUUGCUCCGUUGAAGCCACUCUCAGUGCCGAGACUUGAGUUGAUGGCAGCCAUCUUAGGACUUCGUCUAGCUAAGUUCAUAAGAAAGGAACUCUCCAUACAAAUUAACCGCCGGAUCUUCUGGUGCGAUUCGAAGGAUGUCCUAUAUUGGAUUAGGUCUGACGCCAGAAAAUUCAACCAGUUUGUAGCUGUGCGAAUUGGCGAAAUUCUAGAGGAUUCACAAAUCAACGAGUGGCGGUGGGUACCAACGAAGGAUAACGUAGCUGACGAUGGUACAAAAUGGUACAAUAAUAUGGAAUUAAACAGCUCUGGGAGAUGGCUUACGGGCCCUGAAUUUCUAAGUCUAUCAGAAACUCUCUGGCCAACAUCCGAAUUCAAAGAGCCACAAGCCGUAGCAGAAACUAUACAGCACGUAACAAUUGAUUCUUCGAAAGAUAUUGGUGAUACGCAACCAGAUCCUACAAGGUUUAGUAAGUGGGAAAAAUUGCGCGCUGUACAGAUGUGUGUUCUUCGUUUUCUCCGUUUGACUAUGAAGAACACCGCUAGAAAUCCAGUUACUCAAACAAUUAUUUCCGAUAGCACCUGUACAAGUGCAGAACUACUUCUCUUCCGCAAGUGCCAGGAAGAAUGCUAUGGCGCAGAGUUUGAUCAAAUAAAAAAAGGCGCGGUAAGUCGAAAAAGCUCAAUCUACAAAUUUUCUGCAUUUAUAGACAAGCUGGGACUGCUACGCGUAAAGGGUCGGAUCGAAGAAGCAAGAGGAGUGACAACAGAUCUCAAACAACCGAUUAUACUUCCCCGUAACAAUAUUGUUACUCAUUUGGUCACAGAUUUCUAUCAUAGAAAGUUCCAUCACCACCACAACGAGAUAGUGGUAAAUGAGAUGCGCCAGCGAUUCUGCAUUAAUGGUCUACGAGCUUUGGUGCGGAUGAUAUCAAAAGUAUGUCAACAAUGUCGUAAUCGGAGAGCCACACCGAAUCCACCAGAAAUGGGAAAGUUACCACCAGAGCGUCUCGCGUCAUUCACUGAUCCUUUCGCUUAUACAGGAGAGGUCUAUUUCGGACCCUUCGACGUGACGAUUGGCAGAAGGCAUGAGAAGCGUUGGGGAGUUGUUUUUACCUGCAUGACUAUACGUGCCGUACAUAUUGAGAUUUCUUCAUCGCUAUCUACUGACUCAUUCCUCCUUGUUCUGAAAUUGUUUAUAUCACGACGAGGAGUUCCUCGUCGAAUCUUCUCUGACAACGGCACUAAUUUCAGAGGCGCUAGUCGCAUUCUAGCAGAUGAAAUCGAGAAAAUAUCAUCUGGCACACUAAUAGAAAAAUACCCCGAAAUUGAGUGGACUUUCAUACCACCAGCAUCACCACAUAUGGGCGGAGUGUGGGAGCGCAUGGUACGAUCUAUAAAGUCAGUAUUGAUGGACAUAUUAUCAAAAGAAGGUCUACGAGAGGAAGUGCUGAGAGCAACUUUAGCCGACGUCGAAAAUAUUAUUAACAUGCGCCCUCUUACCUACGUUCCACUGGAAUCAUACGAUAGCGAAGCAUUAACGCCAAACCAUUUCCUUCUGGGAAAUUCAAGUGGCAUAAGAGAGAAGGGUGAUUGCGAUGUUACCAAUCCGUCGCUGCUAAAUAAGAAAUUUCGCACAUCUGGUGAGUUGGCUGAUCGAUUUUGGAAGCGAUGGAUUCGCGAGUACUUGCCAGGCCUGACAAGACGGGCAAAAUGGUUCGAAAAAACCCCAGAACCCAUCGCUCCCAAAGACGUCGUAAUAAUUGUUGAUGAAAACAUGAAAAGGAACACUUGGACAAAGGGAAUAGUUAUGGAUGUCAUAAAGGGCAGCGACGGACAAAUAAGAAGCGCCGUAAUCAAAACUUCCAACGGCUUAAUAACACGGCCAGUAGUGAAACUUGCGCGCCUAGAUCUGAAAGUGAACCCCACGUCAGAGCAUGGAGAUCACGGAGGGGGGAAUGUUAGCGCGCAACAACCCUAA